AUGUCGAGCUCGGUAAAAACACGCGACUCUGCACUUAACGCCAUUAAGCGGUAUAUGGCUAAGAUUACGGACGAUGCUUUUACGAUGGAUGCAGAAAGCAUAAAAAGUUAUAUGCAACUGCUCAGUGAACAGUGGACUCGCUUUAAUAGCGCUCAAGAUGCGGUCGAAAUUUCGUGUGGAAGUGACAAUAUGGACAUUGAAGAAAGUGUGCGAAUUCAAGCUGAGACGUGGUACUCUACGGCUUUAGCAAAUUUCAAUCGCGCGCAGAAGUGUCGUGCCGAAGCGCAACCCGCGUCCGUGACAACGCCUGUGUCUGCAGCAAUACGGCUGCCAAAGAUGGAGCUGCCUAAAUUCUCUGGGGACUCCACGGAGUGGAUCGGUUUUUUUGACGCAUUUUCUACCUUAGUCGACUGUAAUGCCGCAUUGUCAAAUGGUGAAAAACUUCACUAUCUUCGUAGUUGUUUAAGGGGUGACGCGUUAAAAAUCAUAAGUGGGUUUAAGAUAUGUGAUGUUAACUAUGAAGAAGCUUGGGACCUACUAAAAUCGCGGUAUAAGGUCAUGCGCGUUAUAGCUGAAGGACAUUUUAGAGCUAUGGCCAACGUUAAGAGGGCAGCUAGUGAUACCGCCGACGCAAUUAAGGGAGUGAUCGACGCCUUCCAGCAACACAUACGCGAGCUUAAGGCUUUGGGAUGCCCAGUGGAAUUUUGGGACGAUUGGCUAGUGUACGAACUAGUCAAUAAAUUAGACUUCGAGACACGAGAGCAAUGGGAGCUAUCACUCGUCACUGAUGAGCCUCCGUCAUUCGAACAGCUGUCCACGUUUUUAGAAGUUAGAUAUCGUUCUCUAUCAAUGCUAUCAUCGUCAACGGUAUUAGUGCCUGCUAAGGGUAAAACCGCGUCGGUGUGUAAGUCUACGAAUGUGUUUCACGCAGUGCAAGAUCAGAACAGCACGGGUUGCCAUUAUAAGGCAAAGUGUAACAGCACUUCUGCAUGCAGGAUUUGUCAUCAACGCCAUCACACGCUGUUGCAUAAUACUACCGCUACAACUAACGCUACAACCGUUGCUCAUUUCGUCAACAGCGCCUCUCUUAGGCCUUUCUCCCCCGCCGCAGACGUCAUGCAUCAAACGAACGCAACCGUUUCAUCCGCUAACGGUCCUUCCACAGACACCGCUGCUGCCUGUACGUCUUCAUAUUUGAAUGCCAAUCCCAACCAGCCUCAUCCAAGAGAAAGAACUGUGCUGUUGACGACCGCCUUAGUCCAGGUACGCGAUUGCUCUGGUCAUUGGCAACCCUCUCGCUUGCUGUUUGAUUCUGGUUCGCCUGCUUCCUUCGUAACCGAGUCAUGUGUACAACGCUUGGGAUUACCGCGAAGAGGGUCCGCAAUAUUGAUUUCUGGAAUUGGUUCCUCCCAAGGGAUACGCUCUAGAGGUGAAGUAUUACUUUCAGUAUCAUCUCAUUUUUCAGCCCAAUGCUUUACUGUUGACGCAUUGAUUCUGCCUAAAAUCAGAAGUGAUUUGCCAACACAGCCCUUGAAGGUGUCGGCGUGGCCGCCCAUACAAGAUCUACUUUUAGCCGAUCAGCACUUCAUGAAACCCGAGCGUAUCGAUAUCUUGGUCGGAAUGGACGUCAUGGGACAGCUCCUCUGCUCGGAGAUUCGUAAGGGCCCACCCGGUACGCCCAUGGCUCAACGAACGGUUUUCGGUUGGACGUUGUUUGGAAAUGUCGAUGGAUCCGAAUCCACUUCGCUCGGCUUACAGUCUCUGCAUUGUGAAGUUCAGUUAGAUCGAGCGCUCACUAGACUUUGGGAGUUAGAAGAAGCACCGAAAAAGGCCCACCUCACCUACGAACAACGCUAUUGUGAAGAGCUUUUCGAAAAAACGCACAGAAGGUCACCUGACGGUCGAUUUAUAGUAGAGCUGCCGCUCAAAUCUGACGUGCCCUUGGGAGCAUCACGAAGUUAUGCUGUUCGAAGUCUACUAAGCAUCGAAAAAAGACUUGCGCGAGAUGACGACCUACGCCAAAGCUACAAUGAGUUCAUGCAAGAACUCAUCGACAUGAAGCACAUGGAACUUGCACCACCGUCAACGGAUCAAACGUUCUAUAUGCCGCAUCACCCCGUUGUAAAAGAGUCAAGCGUCACGACUAAAUUGAAAGUCGUGUUCAAUGCGUCCGCCAAAAGCACCACCGGGAAUUCGUUGAAUGAUGCAUUAUUUGUUGGUCCCCAAUUGCAACCUGAUUUAUAUUCAAUUUUAACACGUUUCAGAACGCAUCGCUACGCAGUAACCGCGGACAUCGCGAAAAUGUACCGCCAAAUAUGCAUGUCCACGAAAAACCUCGAUCUACAACGCAUUGUCUGGCGUCGUGACCCGACGUCACCCAUAAAGGAUUAUCGCAUGUUGCGCGUUACUUAUGGUGUUGCCGCUGCGUCCUACUUAGCCGUUAAAUCGCUGCAACAAACCGCAAAAUAUUCGUCACACAUUUGUGAGAAGGCUGCUGCCGUCAUCCAUAAGGACUUUUACAUGGAUGAUCUCCUCACUGGUGCGUCUUCUAAAGAAGAGCUGCUAUGUUUACAACGAAACGUCUCCGAAAAACUGAAGGAAGGGGGCUUCGAACUUCGAAAAUGGGCGUCUAAUUGUGCGGAACUUUUUGAAAAUGUUUCGAAUGCAUCGGAAAAUAUAUCACACUACCUAGUCGAUAGUAAAGAUGUCCAUGCCUUGGGCCUGAUAUGGAAUACAGAGGAGGACUACUUCACGUUCUCAGUUAAUCUGAAUCAACCACCCACUAUUUUAACGAAGAGAACAUUCUUGUCUGAUGCUAGCACGCUUUUCGACCCACUGGGUCUGCUCGCUCCAGCGACCAAAAGAUCAAAGAUGUGGUUUCAGGAGAUCUGGCGUAUGAGUGUCGGUUGGGAUGACGUUAUUCCAGACUGCAUCGCAGCACAGUGGCGACAACAUCGCUCGGAGUUACUACUGCUAUCAAGUUUAAAGAUAAGUCGCUGGUUUGGCUCAGGAGCAGGUGAGUCGUUCACUAAGCUACAUAUUUUCGCUGACGCUUCCGAACGCACUUACGCUGCCGUAAUGUACGCGCGCACAUUACACAACGACGGCAGUAAUACUGUUGUGCUGAUCUCGUCGAAGACUAAGGUAGCACCACUUAAAACAACAACCCUGCCACGCUUAGAAUUGUGCGCUGCACAUCUUGCUGCUAAAUUGGCGCGAAACGUGUUACAUAGCUGGGGUGAUCUCCGCUAUCCGAUCUAUGCUUGGACUGACUCAACUAUUACAUUGGCAUGGCUUCAGGCGCAUCCUAGUAAGUGGAUAACUUUCGUUGCCAAUCGCGUUGCUGACAUCCAAGAAGUUUUACCGCCUGAAUGUUGGAACCAUAUCCGCUCUGAACUGAAUCCAGCAGAUUGGCUCCGUCUGAACUACUGCAUCAAAAACUAUGGUGGUCUGGUCCUGAAUUCUUAA